CACACACACACAUUCAAAAAAACAGACAACAGGGCCUACCAGACAAAAUCAGGAUAUGACAUCAUUCACAGGAAAGCUUUGCUCUUUUCUGACUUUUGGUUGGGUUAGGUCGGCUGAUGAGAGGGAAAGAGAAAGAAUCUUCACAGGACCGUUUGGAUUUGCUCUGUAACCUCUUGGAAAAAAAGAGUAGACAGAGGAAUUCUUCUCUGGUUUCCCACAGAUCCCCCAACAUUCCAAGUGUCUACAGGGACAAAAGCGAGAUGAAACAUUGAAAAUAUACACUCACUGAGCUCUUUAUUAGGAACAAGUGUACACCUACAUAUUCAUGCAAUUAUCUAAUCAGCCAGUCGUGUGGCAGCAGUGCAAUGCAUAAAAUCAUGCCGAUAUGGGUCAGGAGCUUCAGUUAAUGUUCACAUCAACCAUCAGAAUGGGGAAAAGAAAAUGUAAUCUCAGACGGGCUGGUUUGAGUAUUUCUGUAACUGCUGAUCUGCAGGAAUGUUUAUACUCAACAGUCUCUAUAGUUUAUUCAGAAUGGUGCCAAAAACAAAAAAUAUCCAGUGAGUGGCAGUUCUGCGGAAGGAAAUGCCUUGUUGAUGAGAGAGGUCAACGGAGAAUGGCCAGAGUGGUUCGAGCUGAUGGAAAGCCUGCAGUAACUCAGGUAAUCACUCUGUACAAUUGUAGUGUGCAGAAUAGUAUCUCAGAAUGCACAACACAGGCGGAUGGGCUACAACCACAGAAAAUGACGUCUGGCACUUUAUAAGGACCAUAGUGUUCCUUAUAAAGUGCUCAGUGAGUGUAUCAAAAAGCCCUCUGAUGGUGCACGGCCGGCACUGAGUCAACUGAUCAGCUGGAGAGCAAGACAAAGGGGAGCAGGAGACGCCUGUUCGAGAGAGAGAGAGGACCACUGCCAUCCACCAGGAAGGGGAGGAGCCAUUCCGUCCACCAGGGGUCAGAGGACUUGCUGCCAUCCGCCUGGGGAGGAGGAGUGGUUGAGGACCAAGUGACCGCAUAUCCAGGAACUGGCGAGCAAGUUUUUCUCUCUCUCUCUCUCUGUGUGUCUCCUGCUCACCCUUUCCCUCUCCCUCCCCUCAUCUCUCCCCUAGGUUCUCAGGAGGUGGGUUGGACUACCAGUUGGCAGAACAGCUGGAAGGGCAGCAUAUGGGGAGUAGGGGUAGUAGGUCAGUCCGGAUGGUGCCCUGGCCUGAAUCGGACGGGGGAGGAGUGUGACAAGGAGGAGGGCUAAUUCAACUGAUCAGCGGGAGAGUGAGAUAAAUGGGAGCCGGAGAUGCCCGUUCAAGAGAGAGAGAGAGAUGCACAUGGUCGCUGUAUUUGUGUGUCAAAUGUUGUUUUAAAAACUUCUCCAUUUGAUGGGACUGAGGCGCAGGUAAUCAUAAGUCUGAACAAUCACAGCCAUCCUGAUCCUGACUGGUAGCUAACUCCUACAUCAGCCUCCUCAGUUCAGCAAUGGCUCUGUGCUUGGGGCAGGUUUUCAGCAAAGACAAGACAUUCCGACCUCGAAAGCGAUUUGAACCUGGUACACAACGCUUCGAGCUGUACAAAAGAGCCCAAGCCUCUUUAAAAUCGGGCCUGGACCUUAGGAAAGUUGUGCAGCUGCCUGAUGGAGAGAACAUUAACGAUUGGAUAGCAGUGCAUGUGGUGGAUUUCUUCAAUCGUAUCAAUCUCAUCUAUGGGACUGUAAGCGAGUUCUGUACUCAGAAGAGCUGCCCCAUCAUGUCUGGUGGGCCACGUUAUGAAUACAGAUGGCAAGAUGGGGAUCAGUUCAAGAAGCCCACCAAGCUGCCUGCUCUUAUAUACAUGAACCUUCUGAUGAACUGGAUUGAGUCACUCAUCAACAAUGAGGAUAUCUUUCCAACACGAGUAGGAGUCCCUUUUCCUAAGAACUUUCAGCAGGUGUGCAAGAAGAUUCUGAGCCGAUUGUUUCGGGUGUUUGUCCAUGUGUACAUCCAUCACUUUGACACUGUCUGUAGUAUAGGGGCUGAAGCUCACAUCAACACCUGCUACAAACACUACUAUUACUUCAUUUCUGAGUUCUGCCUCAUCGACCACUCAGAGCUGGAGCCUCUGAAGGAAAUGACAGAGAGGAUCUGUCACUGAAAGGAUGUGGAUAAUGUGCUCACAAUGUGACCGAAAAAACUUGCCAGUGAACCAAUCACUUUAAAUAUUCAUGCUAAAUGAAUGUGUAUUUGAGGUCUGAUCUGAGAUCAGACUGAGACACAAAUGAGCUAAAAAUUGCUAUACAACUUUUGUUUGAUUAGUAAGUAUUUUUGUGUGCAAUAAUCCUAUACAUGUUCUACGGGAAGUAAACUAUAAACCAUAGAUCUCUCGUAUAGCUCAAAAUUAUAAUACUUGUGCAAGAAUGACCACAUAGUGCAGUAAUGAUAUGAAAUGGUGCCUUGGUUGUAUUGUAUUCUGUAUACUGUGUGAGCAUUUCACAAUGUGACUUUCAAAGAUUCUUUAAAAAAUAUUUAUCCCUCCAGGGAACUAGUCUUGAAAUGGCAUGCUUAAAAUGUCUGUUGAGCCUAACGGAUGAGAUUCCAGAGAAAGUUGGAGUUGUUACACUCUUGCUCUUUCGUGACUGUGCCAAAGAUAGCAGCCUUUGCAAGUACCUCUAUUUAACCAGGAAAUGUGCAGCAACAAUGACCACAGUCAGUAACUGAUAGUGAUUAUGAUGAUGAUGAUGAUAGUUCAAAGUAUUAUUCUCACUUUAGAUAUUGGUUUGUUCUGACAAUGUGCCACUUUUCCUGUUGUAUUUUGCAUACAAAUAAGUUUGAAAUACAUUUUUCUUUUCUGGUUUUAAGAUAUUUGAUCUCUGGAUGGGAAACUAUGUUUCUCAUAACUGUGAAAUGUUACUUUCUCUGUGUAAUUAUUUAUACUUUGCCUUCCUUUGUUAACUGAAACUGUGGACGCAAUUUUCACUCAUGUUAUCCUUAUUAACACACUGUCCAUAAAAUCAUUGUUUUGCUGGUUGAUAGAUAUGAAAAUUUAUUUAUAUUAGGGAUGGGCAUUUUGAGAGAUUUGGUAGUUGAGUACUCUAACACAUAAGAUAAAAAGAGUAAUCGAUUAUUUGAAAUUUAGAAUUUAAGUUGUAAAUACAGCUUAUGACAUACACCAACCCUAUUUGGGUUUUAACCCAUAUAGUGGUUUCACAAUAAGCUAAUUUCAACAUUUGAAUCUUGUGAAAGUUGCAUAAUACAUUGCAUAAUACAUACAAAUUUUGUUGUCCAAGUACCUGUUACUUUGUUCAAUGACAAUAGUUGAAUCUAAUCUAACCAAUCUGAUGACUGUUGAUACAAAAGGAGGCACAUGGAGUUAACGGUCAGGAAAAGCAGCUGGGUGAAGAAGGUUUUGUGUUUGUUACAGGGGGCUGUCUGUGUGAACUCACAAUUAAGCUGGUGCUCUAAAAAUUUAGAACUUAAGUUGUAAAUACAGCUUAUGACAUACACCAACCCUAUUUAGGUUUUAACCCAUAUAGUGGUUUCAAAAUAAGCUAAUUUCAACAUUUGAAUCUUGUGAAAGUUGCAUAAUACAUUGGGAUUUCUAAAGUGAAAGAAAAAAAAGGAAAUAGCCUAAUUAACAUAAAAUGAAAACGGUUAAAAAGAAACUAAACAUUCAUAAUGUUUUAGAAGAGAAUACAGGGAAAUAAUAUUAACAACACCCCCUCAUUGCAUAAAUAUGUGGCUCUGAAAGAAGACUUUCUAAUUCUGACUUUAUGAAAUUAAAUUAAAUGAAUGAAAGCGGCUUCUCCUCCCCCUCCCGUAUUUUAUGGCGGGUGGACUACCUUUGUUGUACACCAAUGAAAUUGACAAUCCAGAGCAAGGGCGAUUCUAGCCCCUUUUUAGGGGUGCUUCAGCAUCUUUGACAAGGUUAAAUAAUGUUCAAAACAUACUCCGUAGUUUGUGGUUUAAAAUGUAUGUGUUAAGGAUGAAAAUGAAAACACCCCCGCUUAGCAAAUGGUGUCAUCCUCUUCUCUUCUUCUUCUUCUCCUCUGUACCUGCACCGCUCAGCACCACCGUCAUCCAGCGCGAAACACUCGCAGAAGGAGAACCGUUAUGUAGUGUUGUGAAUCAACUAAGUUGCUCCAAAGCUGUGUCUCACACUUCUUUCCUUUUACCUAGAGUUGUUCCGAUUCCGAAACCAUAUCGGUGAGUACUGGAGUCAGUAUCCUGAAUCACCAUGGUACACCUAUAAUAAGUGUUUAUUUUCGGACUAUUUUAGUCCAGCGGGUCGCCGCCGCUGUGGAGUAGCACAGGACUUGGGUGACUCGUCCGUAGUCAUAAACGGAGAGAAGUAGCGCCGGUUACAAUGUUCUUCCGCGAGACGCAUGCGGUUCUGUUUAUUAACUGCUAGAGCGUGAAACAAAAACAGCAGCGCGACAAAUAAACUGCGUACCCGUGUAGUGCGUACGUGUGUCUCUGUUGUUAAAGUUUAUCGUUAAUUUGAUAUUCAUUUUAACAAUCGGGAGUCAUGUAAACAUGACAUCACGUGUGUCUUUUCUGGUCAGUCGUCAUGGAAACAUGAAGCCCUGGCGUUUGGACCAGAGUAAAACAAACAUAUCACUGUAUACCACCAGCAUGUGUGAAAACACUCACUGUGGCUUUUUAAAUGAACUGUUAUUAAUUCCUAGAUUUAUAUCUGUUAUUUUUCAGUUGUGGCUGACUAUCAAA